CAGCCCGGACGGUAAACCACAGAAGCCGUAUGCUAAACCCGUAGCUUUAAGCUCGCUCUGUUUGAGAGACAUACGCUUGCAGUGCAGUUGUUCCCCAGCGAGUGAUUACCGCUAAUAUUUUUCUGGUUAGUGAAAUUAGGCCCUCAGCUACUUGUCACCGAGUUCUGCCGCAGCUCUGCCUGGACCCGCAGCGCCACUCCAGUUUCGGAUCCGAUCCCCGAUAUCAAACGUUCAUCUCAAAGCAACAGCGUCUUGCUGCAUUACAAACGAUAUUCGAGGUGUUGAAAAAACUAUGUUCAGAAGUGUUUUUUUCAACUCAAAAGACGCCCCGACAAAAACAUAGUUUCGUAACCGAAAAAGCGCGAAAAAACUCCCAAUUCUCUAAGAGUGCGUGUUGAUUUUUCAAAAGUGACCGAUUAUAUGCGUGUAACUUCCUCAAAAAUUAGCCUGUGCUUCAAAGAGGUAUUUCUUACACAAUAUACAGCUGUAUAAAAUCAAAGAAGUGCGAAUAAAGUUUAUGCACUGAACUUGUCGAAAGUUUAACUGUAACUUAGAACGUGAAAUAGAAAGAUAUUUGAGUGUUUGGAAUUUUCGGCGUGUAUACCGAUCUUUGAAAUAGUUCUCGCGGUGCGCGAAUUCGAUUUUGGUAGCGGCUAAGUUUUCAAGACGUCAAGAUGUUUGCGGUGAUGCAAGUGGAGACGGACGACAGGCGGGAGUUCAGGAGAAAGAUGCGCGUCAAGAGCGAAUUCGUUUGCAAGUACUGUCAGCGACGCUUCACCAAGCCCUACAACCUCAUGAUCCACGAGCGGUCGCACAAAGAGAACGUCACGUUCUCAUGCGAGGUUUGCGGCAAACUCUUCAAGAGGCAGGAUAACCUCAAAGAGCACAGGUCCAUUCACAGCCCGAACUGCAAUAGAGUUGUCACAGGUUUUGCCGCUCGUUUAUAAAUUACGACUGAUUUUUGACCUUUAACAGGUUUGCCGAAUGUUAAUAAUCUGAAAUUGAACUAAAAAUGUAUACAUAAAUUAAUUUUAGAGUAUCAAUGCACCAUUUGCAUUGUCGUCCCUGGUCUCGAAAACAGCACAUGUUCAAAAAUUUUCUCUUCAAUAAUAAUGGCGAAAAUUAUGGAUUAUUAUUGAGGAUGAAAUCCAAAUUACACUUAUUUGUCUGAUAAAAAAAGUUUGCGCCGUGGAAUUUAAACGGAUCAGAAGAUUUAAAAAAUCCACUCAAAGACUUUGCCAUUUUUUUUUUUUUCAAAAUAUUUUUGAAGCCAAUUUUUUAUUCUACUUUUGUAUCAUUGUCUUUGUAAACCACCUAUAAACAAUUUUUGGGAUCUACAUUUACUAAAUGUUCAAAACAUUGAACGUGUGUUGUUUUCUUAAUCAAGUAGCAAUUUCUCAUGUUUCCUCCUGUUUUAAUACUGUUCAUAUCCAAUAUUAUGAGCAAAAUCAAGUUGUAAUUUGUUCAAAAAUAAUAAUGAUGGCUUUCCCCGUCCACAUUAAAAUAAUCUCGUCCACAGUAAAACUGUUUAGGUUCACAUUAUGCUUCUUUAAAUAUCGGGAAAUUCACAAGUAUUUAAAGGUACUUAUAACUUCAUCGUCACUUUUUACACGUAUAAUACAGCUCAAGUAAAAACUCUAGAGGUGCGGUACCACCUGUCUUUCAUUGUUCUUCGCAUAGCUCUAAACUAGUUUCACUACUUAAUCAAAGCUUCCGUAAAUCAUGCAUCCGUCCAAACAAAAUUCCAUUUAUUCCUUGUAGUUUUGCGACUUUGUUUUAUUUCUCUCUCUUGUUUUGAAACGUCCACAUACAGCCUACUGCAAGAGAAUUAAGUGGAAUUUUUAGCUAUUUCCUUGCGUUUCUUUCGUCUAUGUAAAUACCUACAUUUAUACUACCAAGUUUUUGAUUGGUUAAUUUAUACUGUUUUAUUCUUAUUUGUUUACUUCUUCCCAGUGAUUUCUUUCUCUCGUUAAAUUUUGGUUCCUUAUGAAAAGUUUUUAUAAUAUUCUGUAACAGAGAUGAUUUUCAGAUAAGUUACCACUAAACCAUAAUGCUUUCAUGCAUCAUCAAAAAGAUUCAUCUUUCAAAAUUUAAUUUUGUGCAUUGUAAUGCAAAAGUCGAUUAUUCAAACUAAAAUUGGUAGUCAUCGUGAUACUAAAAGAUUUUGACCGAGGGUUAGAAUUUCGGUACUUUUGGCCAUAAUUUGACUUUAUUCUUAGGUUUAUUGAAUAUAUGCUUUCUACAUCCUAGAAUCCCCUCUCCUAAAAAUUUAAAAAAAAAAAAAAAAUGUCAACACAUAGAAGCAAGCUUUGACCCCCAAAAAAGAAGGUAAACUUCCUGAGCGAUUUUACCUGAAAGUUUUUACGCGUUGAAAAAUCUGGUAACAUUAAAGAAAAGGAAAAUAAAAACAAAUCUUUGAAUCGCCUAGUUAAAAUUGUCUUAAUUAGAAAUACAUUGAUUCGCAAAUAAUUUAAUUUCAGUGGUAAAAUAAAUUUAACUGUGUUCUCUUGCUUUAAUACUGAACCAAUCAUUCCAGCACACUAGUAAUGAAGAUAAUCGCCCAAAAGUGUGUGCAAAAUCAAACAAAUAGGGCCGUUCUUGAGAAAUAGUCUGGCUUCAAAGAGAAAUGUGUAUAUCCUUAAGGCUCAUUAAGGUUGUUUCAAUUGUUGUUUUGGUAAUGAUAAGAACCUUUUAUUUUACAAAAAGCAACGACCACCCUCUUUUGAGAUUUACGAAGGGACUAUGCGCCAAAAAAAAUUCCAGUCUCUCAUCGGCAAAUUCUAUCAAGUCCCCUCCGUCCAUGAAUGAUCAUGAAUUCAAACAGGUACGGUAAAGCGGGCAAAGUUUCGGACCCUAAUAUGAACUUUAUAAAACUUAGUCGUAAAUUUGAAAAAAUAAUUUCUAGUCUUUCUUAAAAGAUAAUAGAGGAUUUAUAGUUCAGUGAUUAUAAAAGGACAAAAAUAUUUUAUAUACCCACAAAAAGAAAAACAAACACACCCCCGCACAAACUCAUUAACAGUGAAUAAACAAUUAAGAAUAAAAUAUGAACGUUGAUUGUGAUGUAUUUUUAGCAUUUUCAACUAUUAGAUAGUAUGUUUUUAACUAUUAGGAUACGAAGAUUUUCAUUUUUUCUCAGUAAAACUUUGAUUAGCAAACUUUAAAGUCUACUUCCAUAGAUCAUAGAUUAAAUCCACUAUGGAAAUGUAAAUACGUACGAGUGUUUUUACAUUAAGUUGCAACCACUUUCAUAGUACUAGUAACUAUUCCACCUAUUAAGGUGUUGAGUGAUGACAGGUUUCAAGGCGUCAAACGUUGGGACCUUUAAAACAAUUUGGUUUUAGUUCCAGAUCUCAAUUGCUUCUACGCACUGCUUUAGCAACCAUAAAGUGCUAAAUAAAUGAUAAUUCAGCUUAAGAUGAUUUUUUCUAAAAAUUUAUGAAUUCCUGUUAUCAUUCAGAGCUGGUAAACAAAACAUAAUCUAUUUUUUAUCAAUUGAAUAUUUUUGCAACCUCGCACUUCUGAAGAUCCCAAUGUUUUGCACCCUAUUAACUUCCAUAACGAAGUAUCUGUAGUCUAAAAUAAACGCGUCACAUAUUUUCUUCAAAACUUAUAUACCGUUGAUGCUGUUUUAAUUGCAUGUUCUACGUAAAGUUAUGAAAAGUCUUUGCGGUGCUCUGAGGAAACCCUUCAGCUGAGUUUACUUAGCUAAAUUCAACUUUGUGAAUUCAAACAAUGUAAUGUUUUUCGCCAUGUCCCUUUGAGGUGUAUGUGUUUUACUGUCAGUUGGAGUUAAGAACGGUCGGUAAAUACAUUUGUCCUGAUGUAUAAUGAGAUAUGUUUCUUCUGCCGCUGACAUUAUGAUUAAUUUGUAUUCACAUACUAUUACAACUUUAGUCGUUCAUUUGAAAAACAAAAUGUCACGGAUAGACUCUAAUAAUAAGUUAGCUGAUUAUGCAGUUUGAGAGAAUUUUAAGAAUGUUUCUCACUCAAAAUAAGAAAACUACUGAACAAAAACACUAUGAAAGUACUCGCAUUGUUUCUGACGCAUCAUUUUGUUAAACGCUUUGUGUACAUUACUAUUAUCUUUUUUUAAGUUUUACGUUUAAGUGUGAAAUUGUACAUAUUAUUUUGAUUUUAAUUGCUCUACAGUUUUAUUUAUUGUGUAAAUUUAUCAAGAGAUUAAACGCAAAAUAAAAUGAUUCUUUUUGAAGGAAA